AUGAACUCAAGGAAGGGAGAAGGUGAGAUGAGAGGGAAAACAAGAGCAAUUGGCACAAUUCCAAUGAUCUUUUAUAAAUAUAAGGAGUCUUCUAAGGCUGAUGGAUUGGGAGCGGUUGAUUUCAUGGGACUGAUGGAAGGAAUGGAAUUUGUUGGAACAGAUUUGUUGGGAUCUGCUGAAGUGAUAUUGCCGUCGCUUGAGACCGCCCCUAUUAUUGAACCUGCCUCCAUAUCCAAGUGCUGCAUUAAGAAAGGCCUAUUUCUGGUUGUUCCUCUAUUCUUCCAAUAUCCUUACAGCAUCAGUAAAGGCUGGUCAGAGUGGGUGGACCGCGAGCUGCUGGACCCAUCCACUCAAGACAUUUUGUGCAGGGCACAGGUUCUUGACGCCAUCUUCCUUUCCAAGCUGUGA